UCAACAUUCAAUCUCACUUACUUCAAUUGCUUUGUUGAAUUUUUUUUCCAGUAUGCACUUUGUGUUGCUUUUUGUUUGUUUCAUGAUUUUAACCUCAGAUAAUAUUACUAAAAGAAUUUCAGCUAAUGAAUACGCCAUCAAAGCCAACUCUAAAACCCACGUGAUUGACUUUUGUAAUAACGCCGGAUGCAAUUUUGUCAAACAAGUUACAAGUGAAUACUUCUUGAUAAAAUGUCCCAAUGCAAGACAACGGUCCAACUCUGGAACUAGCAGGGAUGAUACCAUAAUUCAAGACUUGGCGGUGAAAUUUAAAGAAACGAAUAACCAAGUGCUGCCUUCGAUGAGAGUCCAAGAGGCCUGGUCUGUUGGUCUCUCUGGGUCAGGCGUGACUGUAGCUGUUGUUGAUGAUGGCUUGCAGUUGAACCACCCGGACCUGCACAACAAUAUAAACGCAGAGAAGAGCUAUGAUUAUUACAAUGACGAUUCAAACCCAACGCCGACCUCUGUAGAGGAUGGUCAUGGAACUAAGGUAACCGGACUGGUAGCUGCAGAAGCAAACAACAAUCGGUGUAUUGUAGGUGUCGCUCAUAAAUCGACGAUUUUCGGAAUUGAAAUACUUGGGGAUGGGGGAGUAACAGAUGUCACCGAAGCAUUGGCCUUGAAUCAUCAUUUGGCGGAUGUCGAUAUUUACACAAACAGUUGGGGUCCUAAGUCUGGAUAUGGAUACGCUGGACCUGGCUCUGUGACUAAAAGUGCCUUAUAUGAUGGCGUUACUAAGGGUAGAGGUGCAAAAGGUGUUAUUUAUGUGUGGGCUGCAGGAAAUGGAGGAUUAAAUGAUAAUUGCAAUGGGGAUGGUUACGUCAAAAGUAUAUAUACGAUACCAAUAACCAGCGUGGGAGCCGACGGUCGAGCGGCAUUUUAUGCUGAGGUCUGUGCUCCAGUGUUUGCUGCAACAUACUCUGGAAACGAACACAAAACACUGACAUCAACUUCAUUUUCAUCGUCUUGUUCGGAUGGAUUGAAAGGAACGUCAUUUUCAGCUCCAUCAGCAACAGGAAUGAUAGCCUUAGCAUUAGAAACAAAUCCAUCUUUAACUUGGCGUGAUAUACAACAUCUCAUCGUGCAAACAAGCAAAAGACAUAAUCUUCGAGACGGAUUUUCAUAUUGGCAGCGCAAUGGUGGUGGAUUUUACGUAAGUCAAGUACUUGGUUUUGGACUAAUGGAUGCGGAAGCUUUGGUUAAAAAGGCAAAAAGUUGGGAGCCAGUGGCGAAACAAGUAUCCUGUUCUACUCGAGAGUUUUAUGUGGUUCGAUCAACACACUACUCCUCUCCGACUGUUGUUAGCAGUAAGAGAAUACGUAAUGGUGAAAGCUGUCGAAUAGACAGUCUUGAACAUGUACAAGUCAGAGUGUCAUUUUCUUAUGUUGGAAAAAGAGGAAACGUGAUUUUGCUAUUGGAAUCGACGACCGGGACAAAAUCUUAUCUUAUGACUCCAAGACCCUUGGAUUCGGUGAAGUAUCCAUUUUCAGGUUCAAAAGUAUGGGAUUUUUCAACAGUUCAUUUUUGGGGGGAAACACUUGAAGGAGUUUGGAAACUUACAGCAAAAACAGACAAUGAAUACACCACUCAAGUAACACUAAAAUCAUGGAUGAUUACUUUUUACGGGUUUAGAAAAGAGAAUAUCAGCACCACGUCUACAUAUAGCACCUCCAAAAUAGCCGACAAGACCACAGAAGCUGUAUUUGAAGAAAAUACAAAGUUUAACAAAAAUAACACUACGGAUUUCACGACUUCGAUAAUACCUGACACAACAACAUAUUACGUUGUUUCUUUAGAGUACAGCAGUUCAGGGAAUAGCAAGAUUAACAGGAAUAACACUACGGAUUUCACUCCUUCGAGAAUACCUGACACAACAAUUGAUACCGGUUCACCAGAUCACAGUAGUGAUCAGAAUGCUAGUAAUACUUUGGGUUUUGAAACAUCGACAUCUGUUACCAUAGUCAUAGCAACAAUUGCUGUUUAUUUAUAUUAAUAAAUACGCUUGUAGUUAUUAUAAGGAAAAUACGUCGCUCAGCCAAGCCAGCUGUAAAAACAUUGAAACAAACAACAUCAGCUGGAGAUACCCAUCAACCACGUCAGUUAUUCAAAAUUAAAAAGAAAAUAUUUAGCGACACAAAAAACUGAAUGUGAAAAGUUUUAAUGAUGAUGAUUAUUGAUAAAGUGUAUUGAAAUUGGAAUAUAUUAAUUUAAAAUUCCAUUUACAUGUAUAAAUGUUUUCUUGAAAAUUGAAUUCUGUAAUUUUACAGAAAUUGUAAUUUGUAUAACAACAGUUUAUAAAUAACCUACAGGAACUAAUCAUAAUGUAACAUUAAAUAAAAGCUAG